UUGUCCGCCAUCCCGCCGACGAUAUAAGGACUGAGACGCCACCACUGGCAGUCUGGCCCCCCUCUUCAAUGCCUGUUCAAGUCGUUUCGCAGCUCGCUCUUUCCUCACAUUAGGGCGCCGGGAGUUUAUUGCAAAACAGGUACCAAUCCAACGACAUCGACUUGGAGCACAUGUCCACUCACAAUAUGGCGGCCCCGGACUCGACUCCCCGGAAAUAUGGCAUCGUCGUGGUUGGAGGCUCCGGCUUCACGGGCACGAAGAUAUGCACACACAUCGCCGCCAAGCUUCCCGCGGACCUCAAAUGGGCAGUCGCCGGUCGGUCAAUUGAGCGGCUCGAGAAGCUGGCAGCGCGGUUGAGAAAAGAGUACCCCGAUAGAGUGCAGCCAGAGCUCGAGGUUGUUACGCCUGAGGACACCAAGACGCUCGGAGAGGUCAUUGGCAGGGCCAAGGUGUGCAUCAGCAGCGUUCUCUACACUGUUGAUGGAGAAAACAUCAUACGGGCGUGUGUGGAGCAGCGAACUGACUAUGUGGACUGCGCCGCAGUUCCUCCAAUUUGCCGAGACUGGAUCAACAAAUACCACAAACAAGCCGAGGAAAAUGGCGUUGCGCUGAUCCUAGCUUGCGGAUUCAGGGCAGGAGCAAUGGAUCUUCUUGCUAUCCACGGCUCCCGCGAGCUUGCGAAGAAAUGGUCGGCACAGAUGGGGAACAUGACGCUGCGGAUCGAUAUGGUUGAGUCCAACAUGAGCGGCGGUACAUUGCGCACGAUGCUCUCCUUCGGAAGCGGAGGUCCGAAAGCCCUCGCCGAAGCCGGCCACCCAUCGUUCUUGACGCCGAUACCUUACACCAAUCCCCUGAAGACCAUCCGCGGAAUCCACAAAGAUCCUUUCCUCGGGCGCUUGACAAACUCCUCGCCGCCUGGCGACCAAGCUCGCGGCCUCAUCAACAGGUCUUGGGGUCUCCUGGGCGGGCCCAAGAGCAGCUGGGGCCCCAACUUCCAGUACAACGAGUACGAGAAAGCCGAGUCGUACCUGGGCGCCAUUGGCAACAUGGUCCGCUGCUACGUCAUGCUCACCGUGUUCUCCUGGGUCCAAUAUCCCUGGUUCAUGAACCUCAUCUUGCGUUCCGCGCCGGACCUGGGCACCGGACCCUCCGAGGAGCAGAUCAGGAGCGCGCCCUUCACGGCGGCCGCUUUCAUCGAGGCUGACCCCGCGGUGGAGAAGAACGGGGGCAAGGGUUGCCUCAUCGAGCUGAAGUACAACGAGGGGGGGUAUCCCUUUGCUGCUAUGAUCAUGGCGCAAGCGGCGGCUACGCUGCUGUACGACCGGAACCUGACAGAUGGCAUCAAGGGCGGAUGCCUGACCGCCGCAGUUUUGGGACCGGAUUUUGUGGAGAGGGUUAGGGCCGGAGGUCUCGAGAUUGAGACCACCAUGGUUGAGAAUGCACUGGGUUAGCGGGACAUGCCACAUGUUAGGCCUAGACUCAAGCACUUUUGUCCUUGGUUGUCUUUUGUUGUCUUUGGUUGUGUCUCUUUCCUCCCGUGCAGGUAUUUAGUGUGAGUCGCGACUUGGCGCCAAUAAAUUCAUGUUUUCACCGCUUAUUCUCCGAAUACUACCUGAUUGGGGUCUGGGCUCUGGUUGCUUGAUUGGUUACAUGUAUUAUUAGUCAAGGUGAUGACUGGCUCUAAUCCGCACGUUUUCGUAUUUGGUGUCGAGCCGCACUUGAUGGGCGGGCAGCCUUUUCAGGAUUUGAU